UAGGUAGCCGCGCACGACUGCGGCGGUGAAACUCUGAACUUCACCAGCACAUUCGCGUUUCUGCUGGGCCUGUUCGGGGAAUGAUUCAGCUAGAUAUGCGUUUCUCGGUUAGCUAACCAGCCAGCAGACCCACCGACCGACCAACCGAUCCACCGACCGAUUACCGACUGACCACCGACCGACCUACGAGACAAACGCGUGUCGGAAGCCGUGUGUACCAGCAUCUUCUAGCGCUUUCACAUUUACGAAGGAUGACUUAGAACAACGCGACGUUUUUAAUUCGCGGAGUAUUACAUGUGAAAAAUGCCGUUAAGUUGGAGUUGCAAAAUAAAUCGAACAGAGUGUAGAAACUAGUAACCAUGAAGGUUGACAGAAGCAAGUUAAAGAAAACCCCCACCGAAGCGCCUGCUGACUGCAGGACGCUCAUAGAGAAGCUGAAGGCAUGCAGCGAUGAGCAGCUCUUGCUGGAGCUCCAGCAGAUCAAGACGUGGAACAUCGGCAAGUGUGAGCUCUACCACUGGGUAGACCUCUUGGACCUUGAUGGAAUUCUCUGCGACGCGGGACAGACGGUGGAGACAUGCUGGAUGCUGGUCUGUGACCGGCCAGACAGGCAGCUCAAAGCUUUGUUGCUGGCCGUGCUCAACUUCACGGCCCUGUUGAUAGAGUAUAGCUUCUCCCGCCACCUGUACAGCUCCAUAGAGCACUUGACUACCCUUCUAGCAUCAUGCGACAUGCAGGUUGUGCUGUCCGUGCUGAACCUCCUGUAUGUGUUCAGCAAGCGCUCCAACUACAUCACCAGAUUGGGCUCGGACAAGCGGAGUCCUCUGCUCGCCCGCCUGCAGCACCUGGCUGAGAGCUGGGGAGGGAAGGAAAAUGGCUUUGGCCUGGCUGAAUGCUGCAGAGACCUGCCCAUGACAAAGUACCCACCUAGUGCCACCACUCUGCACUUUGAGUUUUAUGCUGAGCCUAACUCUGAGGUCAAAGUGGAGAAGAAGUCCAGCAGCAACACGCUGCACUACAUCCACAUUGAACAGCUUGAUAAGAUCUCAGAGAGCCCGUCCGAGAUCAUGGAGUCGCUGACGGUCAUGUACAGCAUCCCGAAAGACAAGCAGACUCUGCUGUUCACACACAUCCGCCUCGCACAUGGCUUUUCCAACCACAAGAAGAGACUGCAGGCUGUGCAGGCCAGACUGCAUGCUAUCUCCAUUCUGGUCUACUCAAAUGCCCUCCAAGAGUCAGCCAACAGUAUACUCUACAAUGGCCUGAUCGAGGAGCUGGUCGAUGUGCUGCAGAUUACAGAUAAACAGCUGGUGGACAUAAAGGCAGCCUCUUUGCGCACUUUGACCUCUAUAGUCCACUUAGAGCGAACUCCCAAACUCUCCAACAUCAUCGAUUGCACCGGCACAGCUUCCUACCACGGCUUCUUGCCUGUGCUCGUCCGCAAUUGCAUACAAGCCAUGAUCGACCCGCUGAUGGAGCCGUACCCACACCAGUUUGCCACAGCCCUCUUUUCCUUCCUCUACCACCUGGCCAGUUACGACGCGGGCGGGGAGGCCUUGGUCUCUUGUGGGAUGAUGGAGGCCUUGUUAAAGGUGAUCAAGUUUCUGGGGGACGAGCAGGACCAGAUUACCUUUGUGACCCGUGCCGUGCGUGUCGUGGACCUCAUCACCAAUCUGGACAUGGCUGCCUUCCAGUCCCACAGCGGACUUUCCAUCUUUAUCUGCAGGUUGGAGCACGAGGUGGACCUGUCCAGGAAAGAGUGUCCUUUUGUCAUCAAGCCAAAGAUCCAGAGACCCAGCACAGCUGCUGAAACUGAGGACAUGGACACGGACAUGGACAUGUCUGAGGUUGCCAUGGAGAGCAGCCCAGGGCCGUCGACCUCCGCGGGCUCUAGAACAGAGACAGACCUUCGUGCUCAGAGCAGCAGCAGCAUAGUUGGUGCACCCAGAGCAGGCGUGCAAUGCAUCCCUCAGAGAGCAGCUCUGCUGAAAUCCAUGUUAAACUUCUUGAAGAAAGCCAUUCAGGACCCCGCCUUUUCAGACGGCAUUCGCCAUGUGAUGGACGGCUCCCUGCCUACUUCUCUGAAACACAUCAUCAGUAACGCCGAGUAUUAUGGACCUUCACUUUUCCUUCUGGCGACGGAGGUGGUGACGGUCUUUGUUUUCCAGGAGCCAUCUCUCCUUUCCUCUCUGCAGGACAAUGGCCUCACAGAUGUCAUGCUACAUGCACUGCUCAUCAAAGACGUCCCUGCCACCCGAGAGGUGCUGGGUUCCCUGCCCAACGUCUUCAGCGCACUGUGCCUAAACGCGCGUGGCCUGCACUCGUUUGUCCAGUGCCAGCCCUUCGAGCGCCUCUUCAAGGUGCUGCUGUCACCCGAUUACCUGCCAGCCAUGCGCCGCAGGCGUAGUUCCGACCCUCUGGGGGAUACUGCUUCCAACUUGGGCAGUGCUGUGGAUGAACUCAUGAGACACCAACCCACACUGAAGACAGACGCAACAACGGCCAUCAUUAAGUUGUUGGAGGAAAUCUGUAACUUGGGCAGAGCUCCUGAGUACAUCUGCCAGAAACCUUCCAUCCAGAAAGCAGAUGGAACCGUUACGGUGCCACCGGCUCGCUCCAACCACGCAGCAGAGGAGGCGUCCAGUGAGGAUGAGGAAGAAGAGGAGGCCCUGCACACUUUUAGCCAACAACAGGGGGAGCCAGAGAGCAGCAGGCAAGUGGUUGGCACAGAAGAGCGGAUUCCCAUUCCUCUUAUGGAUUACAUUCUCAAUGUGAUGAAGUUUGUGGAGUCCAUUUUGAGCAACAACACGACAGACGACCACUGUCAGGAGUUUGUGAAUCAGAAAGGCCUCCUACCCCUGGUGUCGAUCCUCGGGCUUCCCAACCUGCCCAUAGAUUUCCCCACAUCUGCUGCCUGCCAGGCUGUUGCUGGCGUGUGCAAAUCCAUAUUGACUCUGUCCCAUGAGCCCAAAGUCCUGCAGGAGGGCCUGUGCCAGCUGGACAGCAUUCUGUCGGCUCUAGAGCCGCUCCACCGGCCAAUCGAGGAGCCGGGUGGCUCGGUUCUCCUGAGGGAACUGGCCAACGCCGGCCAUGUCACUGACGCCACGCUGUCGGCGCGGGCCACGCCUCUCCUGCAUGCGCUCACCGCCGCGCAUGCCUACAUCCUGAUGUUCGUCCACACGUGCAGAGUGGGACAGAGUGAGAUACGUGCCAUCUCUGUAAACCAGUGGGGCUCCCAGCUGGGUCUGAGCGUGCUCAAUAAACUCAGUCAGCUCUACUGCUCCCUUGUGUGGGAGAGCACCGUGCUGCUGUCCCUCUGCACGCCCAACAGUCUUCCUCCUGGUUGUGAGUUUGGUCAGGCUGACAUGCAGAAACUGGUGCCUAAGGAAGAAAAACCACCCAGCGGCGCUGCGACCAGCGGAGGCCGGAGAACCGCAGAGGCGGAGUCUCUGUCUGUGGGCGUUGACCCCUCUGCGCAGGGGCUGCUUGAAGGCAUGGGGCUGGAUGGUGACUCCCUUGCUCCCAUGGAGACGGAUGAGCCCACGACCGCUGACCCCAAGGCCAAGUCCAAACUCACUCCAGCCAUGGCGACGCGCAUCAAGCAGAUCAACCCACUAGCUCAGGCGUCCUCUCGUCUGGGCAGGGCUCUGGCAGAGCUGUUUGGCCUGCUGGUGAAGCUGUGUGUGGGCUCGCCCGUCCGCCAGCGGCGCUCCCACCACACCACCAGCACGGGCACGGCCCCCACGCCAGCUGCCCGUGCUACCGCCUCAUCCCUCACCAAACUGCUGACCAAGGGCCUGAGCUGGCAGCCGCCCCCAUACACGCCAACACCGCGCUUCAGGCUAACGUUCUUCAUCUGCUCUGUGGGCUUCACCUCGCCUAUGCUGUUUGACGAGAGGAAGUACCCCUACCAUCUCAUGCUGCAGAAGUUCUUCUGUUCUGGAGGCCACGAUGCCCUGUUUGAGACGUUUAACUGGGCCCUGUCCAUGGGAGGGAAGGUGCCCGUGUCUGAGGGGCUCGAGCACACUGAGCUGCCCGACGGCACCGGCGAGUUCCUGGACGCCUGGCUGAUGCUGGUGGAGAAGAUGGUGAACCCCAGCACUGUGCUGGACUCCCCUCAUUCACUGCCUGCCAAGAUGCCCGGGGCGACCUCCGCUACCCCGCAGUUCAGCGCCCUGCGAUUCCUCAUCGUCACCCAGAAGGCUGCCUUUAGCUGCAUUCGCAGCCUGUGGAACCGUAAGCCCCUGAAGGUGUACGGCGGGCGCAUGGCUGAGUCCAUGCUCGCCAUCCUCUGCCACAUCCUGCGCGGAGAGCCCGUCAUCCAGGAGCGUCUGGCCAAGGAGAGAGAGGGCUCGGUUCGCUCGGAGGAGGACACCGGCUCCUCGGGGCCUCCAGGAGCUAGCGGCACUCCAGGAGCUGCCGGAGCACUGGGAGAAGGCACCUCUGCUGCCGGAGUGGCUGGUGCUGGCACUACUGCUGGCACUGCAGAGGAGGGCAGCAACUCCACGCCCCGGAGGGAGCCACAGGUCAACCAGGCUCAGCUCACGCAGCUGAUGGAUAUGGGCUUCACCAGAGAGCAUGCUAUGGAGGCUCUGCUGAACACCACCACCAUGGAGCAGGCCACUGAGUACCUGCUCACCCACCCACCACCUCUGCUCAGCACUCAGCACCUCAGGGAAAUCACUAUGUCUGAAGAGGACCAGAUGAUGAGGGCCAUCGCCAUGUCUCUGGGUCAGGAAGUCAGCAUGGAGCAGCGCUCAGACUCCCCUGAGGAGGCUGCACGCAGGCGUGAGGAAGAGGAGAGGAGAGCGCGGGAGCGAGCUGAGGAAGAGGAGGCUCGCUGUCUGGAGCGCUUCCUGGAGGCCGAGCCCCUGGACAGCUCUGAGCUGCACGCCUUCACCGACACCAUGCUGCCGGGCUGCUUCCACCUGCUGGACGAGCUGCCGGACACCGUCUACCGCCUCUGUGACCUGCUCAUGACCGCCAUCAAGAGGAACGGCCCCGAAUACCGAGACCUCAUUCUCCGCCAGGUCGUCAACCAGGUGUGGGACGCUGCUGAUGUACUGAUAAAGGCUGCUGUACCACUCACCACCAGUGACACGAAGACCGUGUCCGAGUGGACCAGACAGAUGGCCACCCUGCCUCAAGCCUCCAGCUUGGCCACCCGUAUUCUGCUCCUCACGCUGCUCUUCGAGGAGCUGAAGCUGUCGUGCGCGCGGAUCGUAGAGAGCAGCGGGGUCUUGAGUGUGCUCAUCAAGCUUCUGGAGGUGGUUCAGCCCUGCCUGCAGGCUGCCAAGGAGCAAAAAGACAUCCAGACACCCAAAUGGAUCACUCCAGUACUCCUGCUCAUCGACUUUUAUGAGAAAAUGGCUGUUUCCUCCAAGCGAAGAGCACAGAUGAACAAGUACCUGCAGCCCAACGGGAAUAACUGGCGGUGGUUCGAUGACCGAUCGGGCCGCUGGUGCAGCUACAGCGCCAGCAAUAACAGCACCAUUGACUCGGCCUGGAGGGCUGGCGAGACGAGUGUGCGCUUCACUGCCGGCCGCAGGAGAUACACGGUCCAGUUCAACACCAUGGUGCAGGUAAAUGAGGAGACGGGCAACAGGCGGCCUGUGAUGCUCACCGUGCAGCGGGGGCCCCGUGCCCCCAAGCCCUCCAAACUGGGCAGCACAGCUGACUCUGAGCGAGAGGAGGGAGAGCGCGAGCAGAGAGCCAAGACGGAGGAGACCCAGACUGACACUGACUCCACGUCUGUUGCAGUGGAGAUGGCUCCUCCAAAAGAGGAGGCAGAACAGAAGGAGUCUUCCUCGUCCGGGCCACCCCUCCUUCAGGACUCGUCGCCGGUCUCCGUGGGCAUUGUGGUGCAGGGCCUGUCGGAGGACAUGACCACGGUCCUGAUCCGGGCGUGUGUCAGCAUGAUCAGUGUUCCUGUGGACCCGGACACGCUGCACGCCACGCUGCGCUUGUGCCUGCGGCUCACGCGCACGCACCACUACGCCAUGAUGUUCGCCGAGCUGAAGAGCACGCGCAUGAUCCUGGGCUUGACGCAGAGCUCCGGCUUCAACGGCUUCACACCACUCGUCACGCUGCUCUUCCGCCACAUCAUCGAGGACCCUGCCACGCUGCGCCACACCAUGGAGAAGGUGGUGCGCUCUGCUGUGACCAGCGGAGCAGGCAGCACGACUUCGGGCGUGGUCUCGGGCAGUCUGGGCUCGCGGGAGAUCAACUACAUCCUGCGUGUGCUGGGACCGGCUGCCUGCCGCCACCCAGAGGUCUUCACCGAGACGGCCAACAGCUGCGUGCGCAUCGCCUUGCCUGCCCCGCGAGGGGCUGGAACAGCGUCAGACGAUGAAUUUGAGAACUUCAGGAUUAAGGGUCCCAAUGCAGUGCAGUUGGUGAAGACCACGCCCCUGAAGCUGUCUCCACUGCCCCCUAUCCCAGACACCAUUAAAGAGGUUCUCUAUGACAUGCUGAACGCCCUAGCAGCAUACCACGCUCCCGAGGAAGCUGAGAGAGGAGAGGAGCGACUGGUCACAGUGCCUGGCAGUCAGGAUCUGUGUCAGAUCCUGCAGGAUGUUGGAGAUGACGUCUACCAGCAGUACAGACUCACACGGCAGGGAAGCGACUUUGACUCGCAAUCCGCCUUCCACAUAAACACUCAGGUGUUCGCUGCAGAUGGUGCUGUUGCAGAGUCCUCCCAGUCUGGAACACCUCAGGGAGAGGCCUCUACUCCUGAGGAGAUGCGGGAGGAGAAGAAGGAACAGGAGGGUGAGCGGGGCGCCUCCUCGGAGGAGAGCCGGGCGGCUAAGGCCAAGGCCAGCAAACCCCUGAUGCCCACCUCCACUAUCCUGCGGCUGCUGGCGGAGCUGGUGCGCUCCUACGUGGGCAUCGCCACAUUAAUCGCCUCCUACAGCUACACGGCCGGCCAGUCGGAGCUGAUUAAGGAGGACUGCAGUGUGCUUGCCUUUGUCCUGGACCACCUUCUUCCCCACACUCAGAACUCUGAGGACAAGGACACGCCUGCACUGGCACGCCUCUUCCUCGCCAGCCUGGCAGCAGCUGGCACUGGCACCGAUGCCCAGGUAGCCCUGGUCAAUGAGGUGAAGGCCGCCCUGAGCCGGGCGCUGGCAAUGGCAGAGGGCACAGAGAAACAUGCUCGGCUGCAGGCAGUGAUGUGCAUCAUCAGCACCAUAAUGGAGUCGUGCCCCUCCACCUCCAGCUUCUACAGCACAGCCACAGCCAAGACACAGCACAACGGCAUGAACAACAUCAUCCGCCUCUUCCUCAAGAAGGGCCUGGUCAAUGACCUCGCUCGUGUGCCGCACAGCCUGGACCUGUCCAGUCCCAACAUGGCCAACACGGUGAAUGCUGCCCUCAAGCCUCUGGAGACACUUUCGCGCAUCGUGAACCAGCCCAGCAGCUUGUUUGGAGGCAAGGGAGGCUCGAGCAAGAACAAGACUGAGCAUGAUGCUGUGGGCACGGCCCGGGACAGCAACAGCAACACGCAGGACCAAGGAGAGGCAGGUGAGGCCGAACCUGUGGAGAACCGCCACCGGGGCCAAGGCACCGAUGGGGACCUGAUGGAUGGCGAGGCCGAGGGGGACACUGUUGUCAUCGCCGGCCAGCCGGAGGUGCUCAGCACGCAAGCCAUGCAGGUGGAGAAUGAGUUGGUGGAUUUGAUAGAUGAGCUUUUAGAACAAGAUGCGGGAACGGUCAAUAGUACCAUCAUCGUCGGCCGCUCUGGAGAGGAUGAGUCUCAGGAGGACGUGUUGAUGGACGAAGCUCCUUCCAAUAUGAGCCAGGCCUCCACUUUGCAGGCCAACCGAGAAGACUCCAUGAACAUCCUGGAGCCCGAGGAUGAGGAGCACACGCAGGAAGAAGACUCCAGUGGCAGCAAUGAAGAUGAGGACAGUCAGGACGAGGAAGAGGAAGAGGAGGAGGAGGAGGAGGAAGAUCAGGAUGACGAAGAGGGAGAUGAGGAUGAUGAUGACGAAGGCUCGGAGAUGGAACUGGAUGAAGAUUUUCCUGACAUUAAUGCGGCCCCUCACAUACGAUUUGAGAGAUUUGACAGAGAUGAUGACCUGAUCAUCGAGUUUGACAACAUGUUCUCUAAUUCAGCUGACAUCCCUCCAUCCCCAGGCAACAUCCCCAGCUCCCACCCUCUGAUGGUGCGCCAUGCUGACCACGGCUCCCUCACGCUGGGAGCGGCAGGCACCAGCAGCCGCCUGGCGCAGGGCAUGGGCCGCAGCCAGCGCACCCUCCGCCAGCUCACUGCCAACACCGGCCACACCAUCCACGUGCACUACCCUGGCAACCGCCAGCCUAACCCUCCGCUCAUACUGCAGAGGUUGCUGGGCCCCAGUGCAGCUGCUGACAUCCUCCAGCUGUCCAGCUCGCUGCCCCUGCAGUCCCGUGGGCGUGCCCGUCUGCUGGUGGGCAACGAGGACGUGCACAUCAUCGCCCGGUCCGACGAUGAGCUGCUUGACGACUUCUUCCAUGAGCAGAGCAGCACUGCGGGGCAGGCCGGCACCCUUUCAAGUAUUCCCACAGCCUUAACCAGAUGGACAGAUGAGUGUAAGGUGCUGGAUGCGGAGAGCAUGCACGACUGCGUGGCAGUGGUUAAGGUGCCCAUCCUGCAGCAUUUGGAGAGCCUGCGUGACGAGGAGCUGGAAGAGCGCAGGGAGAAGAGGAGGAGGCAGCUGGCGGAGGAGGAAGAGGCCAAGCAGAACGAGAGGAGCACCUCGGCUGGAGAGGAGAGCAGAGAGCAGACUCUGCAGGGCACUGCAAUAGGCACCGUCAACGGAGCUGCAGACAGUGCAGCAGAAGGCGAGCAGGUGCAGGGUGGGGUGUCGUCCUGUCUCGACCCACCCCGCACGUCUGAUGGCUUUCUAACGGCGCCUCCUUCAGGAGAGGUUACUCCCACUGCCCCGCACGAACAGGCCCUCGUCUCGCUGGAGACGGCCAUCAGUCAGCAAGUGCAUCAGCCAAUUGCAGAGCUGCUUCUGGCUGACUCGCAUGCUGAUUCGCUUGGGGCGCUUGCGGGUGCGGUACCCCAGCUCUCGGCUCCUGACAGACCCAAUUGUGAAGUAGAAGCCUCCCAGAUGGAGAUGUCUCCUGCUCCCACUGUUGGUGAGAGAGGUGGAGGAGGAGCUUUGGAUGCAGUCAGGGAAGCCUCUCUCAGCCCAGAUAUAGCAGAGAGCUCUGAGCCUGUGCCAGUGGGUGUGUCGCAACUUGAGGGCUCACCCAUGGAUACCAGCAGCCCCGCUUCUGCAACCCAGGAGGAGUCUGCCCCCAACUCGGCCCAGCCAAAUCACAUGUCUCAGGAGUUGUCGGGAAGUGGGGACAGUGGGCUCACCGACAGGCAGACAGAUGCUGAUACAGGUUCCACAUCCGUGUCCUCCCCUGGCGAGACGAUGCCCAGGAGUGACAGUGCAGACAGCCAAUCUCAAGCCAUCCAGGAGGAACCCCUCCCAUCCACCAGCAAUGAGGAAGAGGACCCACUUGCAGGUAUCAGUCUGCCAGAGGGCGUGGAUCCCUCUUUCCUGGCUGCCCUGCCCGAGGACAUCCGUCGCGAGGUGCUGCAGAAUCAGCUGGGCAUCCGGCCCCCCUCUCGCCCUUCCGUAUCUUCCUCCAUGUCCUCCUCAGCCGCCCCCGUGUUGGGCGGGGGGCCGGGGGUCACUGAAGUCAGCCCCGAGUUUCUGGCUGCGCUACCACCAGCCAUCCAGGAGGAGGUGCUGGCCCAGCAGCGUGCGGAGCAGCAGCGGAGAGAGCUGUCGCAGCAGCCCCCGCAGGGAGACCAGCCCCUAGACCCGGUCACCUUCAUCCAGACUCUGCCGUCUGAGCUGCGGCGCUCCGUGCUGGAAGACAUGGAGGACAGCGUGCUGGCGGUCAUGCCCCCGGACAUCGCGGCGGAGGCAGCUGCCCUGCGGCGCGAGCAGGAGGCUCGCCAGAGGCAGCUGAUGCAUGAGCGCCUGUUCGGCCACAGCUCGUCCUCGGCGCUGUCGGCCAUUCUGCGCUCGCCCGCCUUCACCAGCCGCCUGGGGGGCAACCGUGGUGUGCAGUACACCCGCCUGGCCGUGCAGCGGGGGGGGACCUUUCAGAUGGGUGGCAGCGCCAACCACAGCCGCCCCUCCAGCUCCAAUGUGGACUCCCUCUUGCGUCUGCGUGGGCGUCUCCUGCUGGACCACGAGGCGCUCUCCUGCCUCUUGGUGCUACUGUUCGUGGACGAGCCCAAGCUGAACACGAGCCGUCUGCACCGUGUGCUGCGCAACCUGUGCUACCACUCGCAGACACGCGGCUGGGUCAUCCGCAGCCUGCUGUCCAUCCUGCAGCGCAGCAGCGAGAGCGAGCUCUGCCUGGAGACGGCCCGGCUGGACGACGCCCGCGGCAAGCGCACCCAGGGCCAGGGCUCGGCUGCCGCCAGCAAGGGCCCCUCCUCGCAGGCCUCGAUGGCCUCGUCUUCGUCCUCCUCUUCCUCUCUGGAGCUGCUGAACAGGGUGGAGUCGCGCAGCUCCAGCCAGCUCUCCUGGCUCUCUGUCUCCAUGGAUGCCGCUCUCGGCUGCCGCACCAACAUCUUCCAGAUCCAGCGGGCGUCGGGCCGUAAGCACGCAGAGCGACAUUCGGCAGGAGGGGCCGUGAGCUCGGCUGGUCUUGGGGGAGGGGUUUCGGGAGCCGGGGGAGGAGUCGGUUGCUCAGGAGGCGGGUCGACGGUGCACAUCCACCCGCAAGCUGCCCCUGUCGUGUGUCGACACGUCCUGGAUACCCUCAUUCAGCUGGCUAAGGUGUUCCCCAGCCACUUCACGCAGCAGCGCUGUAAGGAUCCCCAGUCUUCCUCCACCUCAGAGCUGGACUCUCGCCUGUGUGGCAGCUCUACCCUUGCACCCGGAGGAGUCUGCAGGCCGGGUGGUGCUGGCCAGUCAAACUCCUCAGGCGCCCAAGGCACCCUGUCCUCUACUCACAACUCCUUGGGCUCUGGCUCAGGCACACCUCUGGGCAUCUCCACCGACUUCUGGGACCUGCUGGUCAAGCUGGACAACAUGAACGUGAGCCGCAAGGGAAAAGCCUCCAUGAAGACGGUGCCGCUGGGGGCUCUGGGUGAGGCCGAGGGCGCCCAGCUGAGCCUGGAGGCGUCUCCGCUGGGCCAACUGAUGAACAUGCUGUCCCACCCUGUGAUCCGGCGCAGCUCGCUGCUUACCGAGAAGCUCCUGCGCCUGCUGUCGCUCAUUUCCAUCGCCCUGCCCGACAACAAGGCCACGGAGGUGCCGGCCGGGCACCCAGUGCCACAGGCCCCGUCCACCACGCCGGCGGUGCCCGCCAGCCAGGGCGCUACCGGGGUGGCGGCCACAACGGGCAGCCAGGGUGCGACUGCAGGGAUGGCACCAGCACACGCUCAGCCAGCACCCACACCCACCCCCCCCACCACCACCACCACCACCACUGCUGCAGUCUCCAGCACGACUACAGCUACGUCUGCUGCUGGCAAACAGAAGACAGUGAGCAGUACAGAUAGUGAAACCAAGCUGGCCUCCACUGGCCUGACUGAGAAACAGCUACAGCUCUCAGUAGAGGUGCUGACCUCUCACUCGUGUUCAGAGGAGGGCUUGGAAGACGCGGCCAACAUUCUGCUACAGCUGUCCAGAGGGGACAGCCAAACCCGAGACACGGUGCUCAGACUGUUGCUCAGCGGGGCCCGCCAUCUCGGAUACACACUCUGCAAACAAAUCGGCACUUUACUGGCAGAGCUACGAGAGUACAACCUGGAGCAGCAGAGGAGAGCGCGGGCUGACACUCAGUCUCCAGAAGCUGCACACGAGGACCCCUCCCUCACCACACGCCUCAAGGGCAAGAUGACCAGCAGGUUCGAUGGGUCUGAGAGUGUGGUGAUUGUGGCGGCCCAGAAGCGCACGCUGGGUGGCAGAGAGCUCCAGCUGCCCUGCAUGAGUUCACUCACAUCCAAGACGUCCACGCAGAAGUUCUUCCUGCGUGUGCUGCAGGUUAUUAUCCAGCUCCGGGAGGACACGCGACGCGCCAACAAGAAGGCCAAGCAGACGGGAAGAUUGAGCUCUACCAGCUUGGGCUCUGCCAGCAGUAUUCAGGCUGCCGUCCGCCAGCUGGAGGCAGAAGCCGAUGCCAUUAUCCAGAUGGUGAGAGAGGGGCAGAGGGCCCGCCGGCUACAGCAGGCCCCCCUGCCCUCUUCAUCCUCCUCUUCUUCCUCCGCCGCCGCCACCGCUGCUGCCGCUGCCGCUGCCGCUGCUGCCGGAUCGUCCGCGGCAGCCGGCCACGCCCCCAGCACAGGCCACGCCCCCAACACCGCAGCAACCAACAACCCCCCCACCGGCCCGGCCAGCUCUGCCACGUCGGAGGCGCAUUCUGCGACAGAGGCCCCAGCAGCCCAGAGGGAUGACUCUCCCAUGGAUGUGGACCAGCCUUCUCCUUCAGAGCAGGACCAGGCUCCUAUCGGUGAGGAGGGCAGUGGACAGCAGGAGCAGGAUGAGAGACUGCCUGAGUUGCCUCUGCUUAGCGAGCAGCUCCUGUUGGAUGAGCUGUGGGACAUGCUGGGGGAGUGUCUCAAAGAGCUAGAGGAGUCACACGACCAGCAUGCCGUCCUGGUUCUGCAGCCGGCGGUGGAGGCCUUCUUCCUGGUGCAUGCGACCGAGCGCGAGAGCAAGCCCCCAGUGCGGGACACGCGCGAGAGCCAGCUGUCCCACAUCAAAGACGAGCCGCCGCCGCUGUCCCCGGCACCGCUCACACCUGCCACGCCCUCCUCUCUCGACCCCUUCUUCUCCCGGGAGCCCUCGUCCAUGCACAUCUCCUCUAACCUGCCUCCCGACACGCAGAAGUUCCUCCGCUUCGCUGAAACCCAUAGAACGGUGCUUAACCAGAUCCUGCGCCAGUCCACCACGCACUUGGCUGACGGCCCCUUUGCUGUCCUCGUGGACUACAUUCGCAUACUUGACUUUGACGUCAAGCGCAAGUAUUUCCGUCAGGAGUUGGAGCGUCUGGAUGAGGGACUCAGGAAGGAGGACAUGGCUGUCCACGUGAGGAGAGACCAUGUCUUUGAGGACUCCUACAGAGAGUUGCACCGCAAGAGCCCAGAGGACAUGAAGAACAGGCUGUACAUAGUGUUUGAAGGGGAGGAGGGCCAGGAUGCCGGUGGUCUGCUGAGGGAGUGGUACAUGAUCAUCUCCAGGGAGAUGUUCAACCCCAUGUACGCACUCUUCCGCACAUCACCUGGAGACCGCGUCACCUACACCAUCAACCCCUCCUCCCACUGCAACCCCAACCAUCUCAGCUACUUUAAGUUUGUGGGCCGCGUGGUGGCCAAGGCUGUCUAUGACAACCGACUGCUGGAGUGCUACUUCACACGGAGCUUCUACAAGCACAUCCUGGGAAAGAGUGUUAGGUACACAGACAUGGAGAGCGAGGACUAUCCCUUCUUCCAGGGCCUGGUCUACCUGCUGGAGAAUGAUGUGUCUACCCUGGGUUACGAGCUGACAUUCAGCACAGAGGUCCAGGAGUUUGGGGUGUGUGAGGUGAGGGACCUGAAGCCCAACGGGGCCAACAUCCUGGUGACUGAAGAGAACAAGAAGGAAUACGUGCACCUGGUGUGCCAGAUGAAGAUGACGGGUGCUAUCCGCAAGCAGCUGGCAGCUUUCCUGGAGGGCUUCUAUGAGAUCAUCCCCAAGAGGCUGAUCUCCAUCUUCACAGAGCAGGAGCUGGAGCUGCUCAUCUCAGGCUUGCCCACCAUCGACAUUGACGACCUGAAGGCCAACACGGAGUACCACAAGUACCAGUCCAGCUCCAUCCAAAUCCAGUGGUUCUGGCGUGCGCUGCGCUCCUUUGACCAGGCCGACCGUGCCAAGUUCCUUCAGUUUGUCACGGGCACGUCCAAGGUGCCCCUGCAGGGCUUUGCCGCGUUGGAGGGCAUGAACGGCAUUCAGAAGUUCCAGAUCCACCGCGACGACCGCUCCACUGACCGACUCCCCUCUGCACACACUUGCUUUAACCAGUUGGACCUCCCAGCCUACGAGAGCUAUGAGAAGCUGAGACACAUGCUGCUGUUGGCCAUUCAGGAAUGCUCAGAAGGCUUCGGGCUGGCCUAGAGACUUUCCUAAAACCCACACAGUACACACACACACACAAAAAAAAAAAAAAUAUAUAUAUAUAUAUAUAUAUAUAUAUAUAUAUAUAUAUAUAUAUAUAUAUAUAUAUUACACACACAUAUACACACACGCUGUCACACACCACACUGAUUUAAACUUACAUAUUGUUAACUUAUGACACACGCAUAUUCACACUAUCGUAGACAUGGCCAAGACCUGCUUCUUUCUAAUCCAUGUAAAGUUGGAUGACUGAGCGUGCGAGACAAACAUAAUGACAUUGCCUACUACACACGAAGCCUCUCACUGACACACAGAACUGCAUUUGGUAUAUUUGUGUGUCUCCCAUCCCAAUUAAAAUGCAGACCCGAGAGAGACGAUCUGGAGGUUUUACGCGGACUAAUAUAAGAGACAUUUUCUCCACUUAGUUUUUCUCUGUACAAAAGGUUUGGGAGUUUAUUAUGUUUAAUCUUUUUUUGUUCUUCUCUGGCUGUUAAAAUAAGAAGGUUGUUUGUGUGCGUGAACAGGAUGGUUAUAAAACCUUUGGGGGGGAUGCAUAUGUCGAUUGUCCUCUGUUGCUAAUGUUUGACCUCACUAGCUUUGAAAAUGGGCGAACUGGGAGGGGGGUGGGGUCGAGUGUGAGUUUAGAGUUUUGAAUGAACUUGCAACCGUGCAGAGACUUUUCAAAGGGUGACAUUUUUAGGCAACUUUUUGUGGUAUUUUUGGGAAGGAUCACAGAGCUUAGAGGAAGUGACGGACUGGCCAGAACCACCAGCCUUCUGACGUGGUUCAUGGGCUGCUGAACCAGCCCCUCAGCAGCUAAUCAGAGAAUAAAUUGCUACAUAAAUAAAUGCAUAAAAUGGA